AGAGACGGGAUUUAAAUGUCAUUUCCAUUUGCAGUUCAGCCAGGCAGGAACCCAUGGAAUCAUUUGUCUGGUAGGCAGAGGUCUUAGUCAGCAGGGGGGCUGGACUGUAGAGGCUGGGGAGAGUGGGAGAGAGGGAGGGAGAGAGGGAGGGAUAGCAAGUCCUAAUGCCAGUAGUACAGGCCGGCUCUGUUCUGCCUCCCCCACCAUUCGCAGUUCCUUUAGAAGUCAAAAGUGUGCCUUGAACAGCAGGAUUAGACUGUACUUAGUGUGGAGAAAGGGUCACCGGUCGUUAAACUGCUCAGUGCAGCAGUAGGAUUGUUGGAGAUGUGCACACACACACACACACACUUGCUCUCAUACAAUAUGAAAUACAGAUUUCAUUCUCUCCAUCAUCUGCCAUCCAAUGUUGCUCUUUCUCUCUUUAUUUCAGGUUUCACUAUGUUUGCCCUCCAUUUCUUAUCCUCCUCUUCUCUCUAUUUGUUAGUCUCUCAUACUCUACUCUUUCCUUACCACCAGCACAUUCACUCUUCUUCCCUCCACUUAUCUCCACUCCUUUCUAAACUUUCCCUCCCCCCUCCCUCUCCAUGGUGCAGUAUUCCAUCUCUCUCUCAGUCUGUAUGUCUCAGGGGUCUCCUCAGCUCCAGAUGUUUGCCCUCCUUCCCCCAGUUAGCACAGCUCUGAGAUCAGUCAAGCCUCAGCCAGGGAUAGAGUAGAACCAGGGUCUCCCGGGACCCCUGCUGUUCCAAGGACAGCCCCUGCUCUGAGGAGUGCCUCUCCGUAGGGAGGCUGUGGAGAGGGCAUGGCAGGUGUUAGCCCGCCCCAGGAGAGAACACAGCAGGCUGAGAGGCAGGGAGCGCUACAGAGAACUAUGGCUAACCGGUUAGCAGACUGUACAGCAGACUCUGUGACAUCCAGGCUGGCUGAGUGUAUAGCAACAGAGGGCGUUAAUAAUGCAGCUAAAUAGUUUUUGAACAGUGUUUUUGAACAGCGUUUUUGAACAGUGUUUUUGAACAGCGUUUUGGGGGAAAUAGUUUGUUAAUUUAAGUUUCUUAGUUAAAAUGUUUGUCUUUGAUAAUAUUGUUGUGUACAGAUGCAUUAUCUUAAUUUGCCCUGCUUCUCACAGCAGGAAAAUAAUCCUGCAGCAACAGGAAAUGCAAAUUGUAUUUAAUGGACAUUUUUGUAGGUGGUGAUCCAUUUUUCGUUAGGGUAAAUCAAGUUUAGUUUAGUUGAUUUGCACAAAUAGAAAGACGGUUUGUAACAGUAAAAAACAAAAACAGUUUGUGCAGGAGGGGAAUCCCAAAACGGCUUGUCUACUAACCUAGCCAUAGGUCAUAAAUCACACAGAUUCAGCAGUGUGGACAUUUUAAAGUGAAAUUACAACCUUUAAAAGCCUUGUUAAACCUCCAAUACACUACCAGUUGCAUUUCCUGCUGCGCAACAGAGUGAUCAAAUUAACAUAGCAGGUCUGUAUGUUUGAGUGCAUGCAUUCAACUGUGUGUGUGUCUAUUCAUGCAUUCUCACUUGUGUGUGUGUGUGUGUGUGUGUGUGUGUGUGUGUGUGUGUGUGUGUGUGUGUGUGUAUUCAUGCAUUCUCACGUGUGUGUGUGUGUGUGUGUGUGUGUAUUCAUGCAUUCUCACAUGUGUGUGUGUGUGUGUUUCAGCGGGCAGGCUGGGGGUCCAGGAGGAGAUCAUCCAUAACCUGGACUACUGUGACAUCCUGGUGCUGGGGGAGGAGCUGAGGCCAGAGCAGGAGAGUCUCCAGCUGCAACGUAGCACCCUGCUGGGGAAACACCUGGACGCCACCAACUCCACCUCCGGCAUGUCUAUAUACGGUAAGUUACCAUGGAAACAUCAAACCUCCUGACCUCUAACCCCUAUCUAACCUCUGACCCUUACCCCAACUCCACCUCUGGUAUGUCUAUAUACGGUAGGUUACCAUUGAAACAUCUAACCUCCUGACCUUGUAGAGGAUUCUUUGCACAGUGCUGAUAUUCUUAAACAAACCUUAAGCUUUAGAAAAUGACACAGACAAUGACUUCUGAGUAUAUAUAAAAUAUCUUUAGUUAUGCAAUUGCAGGUAGAAGUUAUUACAGUCACACAGGAUUUGGAUGGCUCCUCAUUAGUUCUACAAAAGUGUCUAAAACUAUUUCUGCUUUUUAUACAAGUACGCAGAUCAGGAGCCAUCUUGUUCUCUUCCUGUGGCUAUGUGUAUGAAAUCAUAGCGCACAAACAAGUGAUAACGUUAGCUCUGUUACUGCCCAUAUCUCCACACAGCUGUGCCCUUGGAAGAUAGUAAAAGACAGAAUGAACUGAAAAACUGUGGUCACUCUGAGGCUCUUUGUUUUAACCGUGUGACCGGGUUACUCUGAAGCAACGAGAAACAAUCCAGGUCUAUACAGGUCUAUCUGUUCCUGAAGUUUUAUCUCCAUCCCAUGUCCUUGACAUACACAGACCAGCUGCAGGGAGCUAGAGGGGACCCUCCUCAUGAAAAGCACAGCAUUGGUAGUUAAGAAAUGUCUCUACUAUUGUUAAGCAUAUUAAUUGUUAACUAUUAAUAUUAAACAAUUCUGGCAAAUACGAGUAUUUCCCAACAACCUCUAACCCAUAUCUAACCUCUGACUCCUACCCCCAACUCCACCUCUGGCAAGUCUCCAUCUAUGUUACCAUGCAAACACCUAACCAUAACCCCCAUCUUCCUCUAUACCCGUAACCCCUGUAUCUAUGAAACUGGUAGUAACCAUAGAAACGUGUCCACCAUCUCGCUCAGGUGUGGACUCCAUGUCUAACUAUGAGCAGGUGAUCAGACAGGUGCAUUACCAUAACUGGCACCCUGCCCAGACCCCAGACAGGAAGUUCCGUCUCACCUGCUCCGAGCUCAACGGACGCUACACCAGCAACGAGUUCACCCUGGAGGUCAGUGGACUAGAGAGCGGAACGAUAAAGAUACAGGGAUUCCAAUGUUCCUGUACUCCUGUGCUUUUAGAGAUUAUAUUUGUUUAAACAAUUCCUGACUUAAGGCCCUUUUCCUUCUAUUUUCUUGCUCUACCCAGAAAAGCUCUGACAGUUCUGUGUCUAAUUGUCCUUAUUUGGAGAUUACUCUUAUAUUUUCUGAGACAUUUAUCUUAUUAUACCUGUAACCAUGCUCCCUAUUCUUGCCCUGCCCAGAUCAGUGUACUCCACAAAUCAGAGGCUGGGGAGCAUGUAAAUCACAUGGUAGCCCCGCCCCAGUACAUGCAAGUGGUUCAUCAUCCAGCCAUGGUCCACAGCCUAUACCCCACACGCAGUUCAGGUAAGACUAUAGAAUCAUCAGUCUAUACCCCACACACAGCUCACUAUAGAAUCAUCAGUCUAUACCCCACACACAGCUCACUAUAGAAUCAUCAGUCUAUACCCCACACACAGCUCACUAUAGAAUCAUCAGUCUAUACCCCACACACAGCUCACUAUAGAAUCAUCAGUCUAUACCCCACACACAGCUCACUAUAUAAUCAUCAGUCUAUACCCCACACACAGCUCACUAUAGAAUCAUCAGUCUAUACCCCACACACAGCUCACUAUAGAAUCAUCAGUCUAUACCCCACACACAGCUCACUAUAGAAUCAUCAGUCUAUACCCCACACACAGCUCACUAUAGAAUCAUCAGUCUAUACCCCACACACAGCUCACUAUAGAAUCAUCAGUCUAUACCCCACACACAGCUCACUAUAGAAUCAUCAGUCUAUACCCCACACACAGCUCACUAUAGAAUCAUCAGUCUAUACCCCACACACAGCUCACUAUAGAAUCAUCAGUCUAUACCCCACACACAGCUCACUAUAGAAUCAUCAGUCUAUACCCCCCACACAGCUCACUAUAGAAUCAUCAGUCUAUACCCCACACGCAGCUCACUAUAGAAUCAUCAGUCUAUACCCCACACACAGUUCAGGUAAGACUAUAGAAUCAUCAGUCUAUACCCCACACACAGCUCACUAUAGAAUCAUCAGUCUAUACCCCACACACAGUUCAGGUAAGACUAUAGAAUCAUCAGUCUAUACCCCACACACAGUUCAGGUAACACUAUAGAAUCAUCAGUCUAUACCCCCCACACAGCUCACUAUAGAAUCAUCAGUCUAUACCCCACACACAGCUCACUAUAGAAUCAUCAGUCUAUACCCCACACACAGUUCAGGUAAGACUAUAGAAUCAUCAGUCUAUACCCCCCACACAGCUCACUAUAGAAUCAUCAGUCUAUACCCCACACACAGUUCAUGUAAGACUAUAGAAUCAUCAGUCUAUACCCCACACACAGCUCACUAUAGAAUCAUCAGUCUAUACCCCACACACAGUUCAGGUAACACUAUAGAAUCAUCAGUCUAUACCCCCCACACAGCUCACUAUAGAAUCAUCAGUCUAUACCCCACACACAGCUCACUAUAGAAUCAUCAGUCUAUACCCCACACACAGCUCACUAUAGAAUCAUCAGUCUAUACUCCACACACAGCUCACUAUAGAAUCAUCAGUCUAUACCCCACACACAGCUCACUAUAGAAUCAUCAGUCUAUACCCCACACACAGCUCACUAUAGAAUCAUCAGUCUAUACCCCCCACACAGCUCACUAUAGAAUCAUCAGUCUAUACCCCACACACAGCUCACUAUAGAAUCAUCAGUCUAUACCCCACAUACAGCUCACUAUAGAAUCAUCAGUCUAUACCCCACACACAGUUCAUGUAAGACUAUAGAAUCAUCAGUCUAUACCCCACACACAGCUCACUAUAGAAUCAUCAGUCUAUACCCCACACGCAGUUCAGGUAAGACUAUAGAAUCAUCAGUCUAUACCCCCCACACAGCUCACUAUAGAAUCAUCAGUCUAUACCCCACACACAGCUCACUAUAGAAUCAUCAGUCUAUACCCCACACACAGCUCACUAUAGAAUCAUCAGUCUAUACCCCACACACAGCUCACUAUAGAAUCAUCAGUCUAUACCCCCCACACAGCUCACUAUAGAAUCAUCAGUCUAUACCCCACACACAGCUCAGGUAGGACUUACCAUCAAUCCUGAUAAUUAUGUUCCAGACCAACACUAACACACCUAAUUCAACUAAUCAAAGGUCUCGAUGAGCAGUUGAAAUGGUUGUGUUCAUGGAUCUUCAGGACUAGGAUUGAAUAACACAGUGAGUCGGCUCUAUUGCUAGCACAGAGACAGUGAUACAUCUUAGUUAAAGACAGAGAGAGAGGCUGGUGAAAAGGGCCCUACAGAUUUCAAUCUAGCACAUCGUCUCCCGAUUUCUGCUCUCUGUUAAUUAUUCAUUCAACCCUACUGGUCGGCUUAGUGUCCUGGGGAGCUCUGUGCCCUACCACUGCUUUUAAAGGUUGGGAGAGAGCAGGUUCAUUGUUCUGUUAGGAGACUGUACAGACCCUUUAGCAACAUUCUGUGGGUACCUUUUACAUGAGAGAGAUCAAAGGCUAUGGAUUGGUCUCUCUCUCGCUUUCUCUCUCUCUUACUUACUCACUCACAGAGUAUGGGGCUAUGAAUCAUCAUCACAAGUUGAAUGUUUAUGUCUUAGAGGAGGCAGGGUGUUGAUGUUACUUUGAGAGUAUAGUACAGAUCAGCACUCAACAGUUAAACAUUACAGAUCAAGGAGUCAGUCAGUCUGUCUGUCUGUGUGUGUGUGUGUGUGUGGUAAUGGACCCAUUAUGUGUGUGUGCAUACAUCUGAGAUGUUUUGGUUGUGUGCAUAAUCAAAUAUUUGGUAUGCGUGUAGGUGCACCAUGUUACUUAACAUAUAUUAACAUGACCUUUCCUCUCCCUGAAGGAGUCCCCAGUGCUGCCACAGUGGUGAUAGUGAUCUGUAUCGCCGCCCUGGUGGUGGUGGUUGUGCUAGGCAUCUACCAUAUUCACCUGACACACCAACAGGAGGGCAGGAGCUCAGACACAACCAAGGAGGGAGAGCUGGACUGGGACGACUCAGCGCUCAAUAUCACAGUCAACCCUAUGGAGGUAAGGGGAAAGGGGCUGAAAACAAAACAGUGGGGGAGAGGCGAGGGAGGAAUAAAGGAAGGAAGGUGAGUGUUGUAGGGACCAGAUGUUGGAACAGCUUUAAGGGCAGUAAGUAGCAGGAGGCAGCAGGAUCAGGGGCAAAAUACUGUCCAGUUUAUUAACAGUGAAAGGUGGUUCCAGGUGAAUGACGAAAUCCUA